CUCAUCGAAUCUGAUGGUACACUUCCUUUGAGAGACUAUUCGGCACUGGCUUUGAGAUGUUACGUUCAGUUUUUGUAUUCGUCAUCGAUCGAGUGGACGUCUGAAGAAACGUCUGAUCUGUUGAAACUGGCCACUGCUUAUGGUCCCGUCGAGCUGAUAUCACUUUGUCAACCUCAGCAAACAUUCACAUCUACUGAUGCUGCUAAUCUAGGAAAUUCGGCAAAUCGGCACUCAAACUCGAAUGAUUGUUCAGGUCAAAAUCAGGCAGUCAUGAAAGCAGAUAAAUGUGAAGCUGACACAGACGAGUGUUUGAGUUCAAAAACAUUCGAAGUUAAAAAUAUUCCAAAAGAAGAUGCUGAAUGCUUGAAUAUUCAUGGAGAAGAUGCAAACUCAGUUACAAACUCCAACAAAGCCGAGGUGUCUGAUUCAGAAAUUGAUGCGAGUUCAUCGUCGAAGAAAAUUGCGGAGGCCGAAGCAUCGAGUGCACAUAAAGACCCAAAUGAUAGUGAUGAUGUCUUUGAGUUUUUGCCUUCUGAUGAUGACGACGAUAAUAAAAAUUUAAAGGCAGAUUCUUCACCCAAACAUCUUGUAAAUAAUCAAAUAAAAGAAGCCGUCUCAAGCCAGAAACUGUCAUCGUCAAAUUCAAAUGAAGAAAUUCCUCGUCGUUCGGAUUCCAAUUCGCAUGUCUCUGAGGUGAUACGCAAUACUGAAAGUGCUGACUCAAAUCAGAAUAUCGAAGAGGAUUUCUCAAAAAUGGCGGCCAAUGAAUCCUUAAACAGAAGUCUCGUCUACUCACCACUUCCCUUACCGCAUGAUUCAUUCGAUGACGCAAUUCGAUUAUCACCUCAGCUAGAAAUUCCUUCCAGUCAUUCCAAUCAUCAAACGAAACAUCAGCAGUGUACAGAAGAGUUCUCCAAAAAUCAAAAGGAUCUAAAAAUCGGUUUUGGAUCUGAUCAACCAUUUUCGAAUGCUCUAUCGCCCGUGAUUGAAACACGAAAGGAUUCGAUUCCAACCAAGAACGCUGUACAGUAUUGUUCAACACCAAAUCAACCAACAUCUACAUCAAGACUUGCACAACGCUUGAAAGAGCUUGGCUCGAAUGUAAAAAUAUUGAAAACAUCGAAUAUAACGCCGUUACCUGAAUACGCGAAUAUGACCGACAAACAGUUGAAGGCAUUUGUAUUAGUAAAAAAUUCAUUGUUACUUUACGUUCAGGACGAGCUGGCAAAAUACGGUUUACGACCAAUGGGUAAGAAACGAGCAAUUGCAUUGUUGAAGAAGAUUUAUGAUGAACUACAUCCAGUGAUAGACUUGAGUUCGCCAGUGUCGAGCAAACCCAAGAGGUCUAUCGUAGCCAAAAAAUUACUGGAUCGGUUGAAUGAGGUACAAGAAAAGCGAACAGAUGAAAGGGAAGAAGAUGAAGCAAACGAAAGAGAUGAAGAUUUAGCUGAGAAAACGUUGAAUAGAAGUUUGAAUGAAGAGGAUAUUCUUGAAGAAUCCUGUAUUGACGACGUUUACAACGAAGACGCUCCGCUUCCGAAGGAUUUGGAUGGAAUGCAGAUCGCUGUGCUGAAUUGGUUACGUCGGAAUGAUAAUGAAGAUCUUUACAAUGAGGUUCUCGGUCUCAAUACCGUAUCUUUCGAAGAUUUCUAUGGGCGCUUGUCGAAGUGCGAUACGGCUGUUGCAAAAAUUCCGAGGAAAGCGUUGAUGGAGAUUCUCGAUCGUCUUCACAUAACGUUCAGUUUACCGGCAGAUGGCUGGAAAAAACGUCGAGAAAGGAAGCAAAAACUGAAAUGA